CUGAAAAGUUAAAUAAUACGUACGAAUAAAGGUGGUGAAGAGAGAGAGAGAGAGAGUCGUGGUUGUCUAUGGCGAUCAAAGCGGGAAAGGUUCUAAGAACGGCGACGGCUGCCGCUAGGAAGUUCCAACAUAAGCAGUUCUCAGCCGCGAAUUCGGCUUCUACAGUUACACCGCCGGUGACUCCUUGUUCCGGUGUAGGAACAUUUCUUGGUAUUCCCGAGCUUCCUCGCUCCAACACCGAUCUAUUGAUCUCCAAGUACAUCAGACUCUACCAGAAUCGAUUGACGAAGAAGGGUGAAUUCACAGAAGAGAAGCUAACGACAAUGUUGUCUGGUAAUGUCGGGAUCAGUGAGACCAUCAAGUUACUCGAGGGCCGCAAAACUGGUGGAGAUUUUUCUUCAAAGUCAAAUAAAAAUAAAUAAUUCCUCUGUUUCAUCAGUUUUCACAACAUACAAUAAUACUUCAAGCUUUUGCAUUUCUAGUCUGCAAGUUUGUUUCUUCUAUUGGAUCUCAACAAUGUGCUGAAAAUACAUAUUAAGCAUUCAUAAGAUUUUUUUUUUUUUCUUGGGCUAUCAACUGUCUCAAAACAUUAUCUGAAUCCGUUAACAAUCAAGAACUAUGAGAAAUAUAUGUUUCUGUCACAAACAACCUUUGUGUUUUCAUGUCAGAAG